UAAAGAAUGUGUUUAUUGCGUGCGCUCCCGGAAGGGCGCCUCCGCGGGGGGAGGGGGGGGCGAUGAGUCCGCUCUCAGCGCGCCGGCGAAAGGAGGAAGCGGCUAGGAGUAAUGUCUUCCCACCCCGCCUGAGCGGCUUCACCGGCAGCUCCGCGUGAGAAAAAUGAGUGGUGGGUUAGCACCAAGUAAAAGCACAGUUUAUGUGUCCAACUUGCCCUUCUCUCUGACCAACAAUGACUUAUACAGGAUUUUUUCCAAGUAUGGGAAAGUUGUUAAAGUUACUAUUAUGAAGGACAAAGACACCAGGAAGAGUAAAGGAGUUGCAUUUAUUUUGUUUUUGGAUAAAGAAUCGGCACAAAACUGUUCUCGGGCACUUAACAACAAACAAUUAUUUGGAAGAGUGAUAAAAGCAAGUAUUGCUAUUGACAAUGGAAGAGCAGCGGAAUUCAUCCGUAGACGUAACUACUUCGAUAAAUCUAAAUGUUAUGAAUGUGGGGAAACAGGACACUUAAGUUAUGCUUGUCCUAAAAAUAUGCUAGGAGAGCGUGAGCCUCCAAAAAAGAAAGAAAAGAAGAAAAGGAAGAAAAUAGUUGAACCGGAAGAAGAACUUGAGGAAGAGGAAGAAAGUGAAGAUGAGGGUGAAGAUCCUGCCCUGGAUAGCCUCAGCCAGGCCAUAGCUUUUCAGCAAGCCAAAAUUGAAGAAGAACAGCAAAGAUGGAAACAGACUGCAGGGGAACCUUCAACAUCUGACGAUUCGAGAAGACCACGGAUUAAAAAAAGUGCAUAUUUCAGUGAUGAGGAAGAAUUUAGUGACUGAUUUAUAUAUACAUUAUGUAUAUAUGAGAGAGAGAGAGAGUGUAUAUUUGUACAGUAUUACAGAGCUGUCUGAAAUAUAGCUUUGUUUUAGAGCUAAAUAAAGUUGCUGCUAAAACUUAUGCUAUUAUUAUAAAUUAAA